AUGAGCUUUCCACCUUUUGCAGUUUCAGAGGGCUGGCCUAUAGGGCCCCCUUUAAGGAUUCCGUCUCCUGGGGGCCCCCCAAAGCCCACAGAAGCAGCAGCGGGUGGGGGGCCCCACACCCCGGGGGCCCCCCCCCCUGCAAGCUGCUCUCCAGGGAUCUCCGUAGCUUCCUCCCCUUCUUCUGUUGGUGUUUCUGCUAAACAAGAGCAGCAGCAGCAGCAGCAGCAGCAGCAGCAGCGGAGGGGCCCGGAAGGUGCUGCUGCUGCUGCAGUAGCAGCAGCAGCAGCAGCCGCAAAUACCGACACAUUAGGAGUGGGCCCGAUCGCAGCCCCCGUGCGCGCGGCAGCAGGAUCUUCAGUAGCCGCAGCAGCAGCAGGUCCGACUUCAUCUCUUUCAGCAGCAGCAGCAGCAGCAGCAGCAGCACCAGGAGCAGCAGCACCUGGAGCAGCAGCAAAACUAACUGCAGCAGUGCGCGAGGCAGCAGCUAAGGUCUUGGCCUCAGCAGCCCCCGCCAGUCCGAGCCCGCCUCGCCGCCCGUCGGCGGCUCCGCCCACAGCGCCAGCAGCAGCAGCAGCUGCUGCAGCAACAGCGCCAGCAGCAGCAGCAGCACCAGCCACAGCGCCAACAGCAGCAGCAGCAGCAGCAGCAGCAGCAGCAACAGCCCCCGCGCCCGAGUGGACCCCCGCCUCUCCGCCGCGGCUGUGGCGGUGGAUCUUUGACUUCCUAGACAACCAAAUAGCCGCAGCGCCAGCAGCAGCAGCAGUCGCCGGCCAGCAGCAAAGCGGGGAUGGCGCAAAGCAGCAGCAGCAGCAGCAGCAGCAGCAGCAGCAGCAGCAGCAGCAGCAGCAGCAGCAGCAGCAGCAGCAGGCUGUGCAGCGCCCGCAAGCGCCGCUGGCAAAAGACCCGCAGGGCCCCCUAGCGCCCGCAGGCCCCCGGGGGCCCCCAGGGCCCACAGCCCCAGGGGCCCCACAGGGGCCCACACAGGGGCCCCUGGGGCCCCCAGCCCCACAGGGGCCCCUGGGGCCCCCAGCCCCACGGGGGCCCCUGGGGCCCCCCGCCCCACAGGGGCCCCUGGGGCCCCAUUUGGCACUAGCCCGUGAGGGGCCCCUGGAGCCGCAGGUACUAGGGGGCCCCCCGGGGCCCCGAAUGCCUCAGGUGCCCAGGGGGCCCCCGGGGCCUCCUGGUGGAUCUGCGGAGAUCGAGCAGCAGCAGCAGCAGCAGCAGCAGCAGCAGCAGCAGCAGGGGCUGUCUCUGAGCUCUGCGGCUGUUUUGCCGGGCGCAGCAGCUGCAACGGGAACGCCGGCAGCGAACAGCGACUCGACAGCUGCGACAGUGUCUGCUGCAGCAGCGCCUCCCGCUGCUGCCACUGCUCCAGCAGCAGCAGCAGCAGCAGCAGCAGCAGCAGCAGCAGCAGCAGCGCGCUCGCUGCUGCUGGACUGCGAGGCCCCCUCCAACCCAGGGGGCUCCUCCGCCAGCUGCAGCAGCGCAGACACCUCCAGCUCUUACUUUUCCUGGACCAGUGUGGGUACAGAAGCAGUGUGGGGCCCCACAGGGUCUUUGGGGGGGGCCCCCUGGGGGGCCCCCUGGGGGGCCCCCCUGGGGGCCCUUUUGGGGGCCCCCAGCGGCGGGCUGAACCCUGAAGCCGCCACUUUUGUGGGGCCCCCCGAGGGGGCCCCCCUGGCCUGGGAGCCUGCUGGGAGCAGUUCCGUGAGUGGGCAAGAGGGGCCCUUUGAGGGCCCCUUCGAGGGCCCCUUCGGGGGCCCCUUCGGGGGCCCCCCCGGGGGGCCCCCCGAGGGGCCCCCCGAGGGGGCCCCCGAGGGGGCCCCCGAGGGGGCCCCCGAGGGCCUCCUGGAGGUGGGCCUGGGCCUGGGCCUCGGCGCUGGCCGCCACGUGUCUGCUGCAGUUGUUAUUGUGCUGCAGGUUGCUGCAGAUUUGCUGCUGUCGGCGCAGCGGCGUUCCGAGCUGCUGCUGUGGCUGCAGAAGAGUCUCAAGUACAAACAGGCCAGCUUCGAGCUCGCCAGCCCCCAAGAGGGGCCCCCGGGGGCCCCCUGGGGGGCCCCCUGGGGGGCCCCCUGGGGGCCCCCCCUGGGGGGCCCCCCGGGGGCCCCCCUAGGGGGCCUCCAGGGGGCCCCUCAAGACAUGAGGGGCCCCCAGGACAGCAGGAGCUCCCUAGAUAGCUGGAGGGGCCCCUUCAUAUGGCAGUCGACGCAGCCGGAGCUGCGGCUGUCGCGGCUUUGCCAAGACACGCUGCGGACUUUGCUGCAGCACUUGGAGGGGGAAGAGGGGCCCCCAGGGGCCCCAGGGGCAGGGGGGCCCCCCCUGGGGCUGGGGGGGGCCCCCCGGGACUUGGGGGGGGCCCCCCGGGAGUUGGGGGGGGCCCCCCGGGCGCUGGGCGGCCGCCUGGCUGCGGAGGACAGCAGCAGCAGCAGCGGCGGCAGCUUCAGCAAGCUGCUGCAGGGGCUCGAGAGGACGCAGCAGCUGCUGGAGCGGCAGCAGCAGCAGCUCGAAAGCGCUCUGGGGGAGUUCGGGGCCAUCGAGGCCUCCUUUGCUGCUGCUGCUGCUGCUGCUGCUGCUGCAAACGCCCAGGCGCCAGCAGCAGCAGCAGCAGCAGCAGCAGUGUCGCCCAGAAAGAGCUUGCUCGGCCAGCCCAAGGGCCCCCUCAUGCCCUGCCCCCCACAGUACCCAGGGGGCCCCCAGGGGGGCCCCCCUGGUGCAGCAGGGGGGCCCCCAAGCGGGGCUGGGGGGCCCCCCGAGUGCAGCAGGGCGGACGAGCUGAAGCAGCUGGUGCGGCGGACGCAGCAGGAGGUGUGGCAGCAGCAGCAGCAGCAGCAGGAAGCUCUGAAUGCGCUCAACGGGCACCUUUCCGAAGCAAAGUGUCUGCUGCAGCGGCUUGAUGCAGUGCAGCAGCAGCUGCAGCAGCGGGCCUGGCUGACGGGCUUUCAGCUGCGGGGGCCCCCGCUGGGGGGCCCCGAGCGGCCGCCGGCGCCGUGGGCGCCAGACCUCGAGGAGCAGCUGGAGGACAUGCAGCAGAGUCUGCACGCAAUAGCCAGGGCCAAGGAAGAGGCAGCAGCAGCAGCAGCAGCAGCAGCGCCUGCUGCUGCUGCUGCUGCUGCUGCUGCUGCUGGCGUCGACCCUGCAGCUGCAGUCACCGACGACGAAGCCGCUUCGCCGCCCACGCCGCGGACGCCGGCAGCAGCAGCAGCAGCAGCGGCAGAAGCAGCAGCAGCAGCAGCAGCAGCAGCAGGCAAGGCGGAGGCCGGGGAGCUGACGCGCUGCUGCUCCCCUGCUGCUGCGCUGCUGCAGCCAGUCGAAGAGGGCCUCGCCCCCACAGAGGCCCCUGCAGCAGAACAGCCCGUGCUGCUGCUGCUGCGCAGCAAAACUCCCCGCAUAGAAAUUCGGCAGCGGCCCAGCUUUCAGCCGUACGUACACUGCAGAAGGGGGCCCCGGCCUUUGGUGCAGAUCUUCACCACGCGGCACCUCAUAAUAGACGAGCAGUUCUUGCCUGCUGCUGCUGCUGCUGCUGCAGCACCUGCAGCAGCAGCAGCAGCAGCAGCAGCAGCGGCGGGCGCGCCUGCUGCUGCAGAGGGAGGCCAGGCAGCAGAGCCGCAGGCGCAGCCCCAGCGGGGCUCUGCUGCUGCUGGCGGGGGGCCCCCGCAGCAGCUGCAGCCGCGGGUGGUGGUCUUCACUCCGCGCGAAGAGGGGCCCCCCCCGCCGGGCCUGGGGGGCCCCCCCUGCAGCUGCUGA